AUGGAGACGAAAUGUCUUCAAUUGGAUGACGAUAACAUGAACGACCACAACGUUUAUCCAAUCAAUUUACGCAUUUCAAGACAGGUUCCUGCGAGCAGGGGAGACAUGUCGGACGCGAACUCUGAGGAAAUCGUGAAAACCAAGUAUCUUCUAGGUGCUGAUGGUGGACACAGCUGGACCAGACAACAGGUUGGUCUGGAAAUAGCGGGUAACAAGACAAAAGUCCACUUCGGCGUCAUGGACAUCAUUCCCGUUACAGAUUUUCCUGACAUACGAAUCUCAUGCUCUAUCCAUUCGGCAAAGAUGGGCAACAUGAUGACGUUUCCCCGCGAGAAUCGCUUGGUCAGAUUCUAUGUUCAACUAGCCGAGACUGGCAGCGAACGAGACGAUUUCGACACCGACAAGGUCACCAUCGAGAUGAUCGCGGAAAAGGCGGCGACCAUUCUCAGUCCAUGGAGCCUUAAAUAUGAACACUGUGAUUGGUGGUCCGUCUAUACUGUGGGUCAACAAUGUGCGCCCAAGUUCGACAAAGACAAUCGAGUCUUUCUAGCCGGCGAUGCCGUCCAUACCCAUUCGCCCACCAUGGGUGCAGGGAUGAACGUGUCUAUACAAGAUACGUACAAUUUGAUGUGGAAACUGGGCCAAGUCAUCAAAGGCACCGCCCAACCACAUAUCCUUAGCACAUACAACAACGAACGCCAGUCAGUCGCUACACGUCUGAUAGAGCUGGAUCAGGAAAUGUGCAAGUUCUACGAAAAAGGGACAGGUUCGGAUGCACGUCACUACAACGAGUUUUAUGGAAGAUUUCGCACCUUUCUCAGCGGGGUUGGUGUCGAAUACGGCCCCAAUGUCUUGAUCCCUUGCACUCACAAGGAGUCCUCGACUUCUGAACCCCGCAAUAGCUUUGACAGAACCUCAUUGGCGGGCAGAAUUAUUGUCGGUCAGCGGCUGCCCUCUUAUCUGGUUCUGAAUCAUGCUGAAGCCAACAUUGUACACGUGUACUCGAUUCUGCAAUCCGAUGGCCGGUGGCGCCUACUGGUGCUCCCAGGCGAUAUUGGGGAACCCACGCAGUUGACACGGUUGCAGGAUUUUUGCAAACAUCUAGAAAAUGCUUCAACAUUUUUGCGUGCCUACACACCCGAGGACAAACAUUUGGACUCUGUCAUCGAGAUUUUGACGAUACAUGCCGCCUCCCGUUCCAAACUUGAAUUGUCCGAUCUACCCAAGAUCCUCUGUCCGUUUGACCCGAAACUCGGAUAUGACUAUUGGAAGUGCUUUGUGAACAAUAACGAUGGCGAAGAAGGCGCCUUUGAUGAUGCUUAUGAGAGAUGGGGACUGGACAAGAAGAGGGGUUGCCUUGUUGUCGUUCGACCAGAUCAGCAUGUUUCAUUGGUCUGCGAUGUUGAGGAUGUUGAUCAGCUUGAAAAGUAUUUCGGUCAGAUCUUCGUGCCCCAGAGCCGGAUGAGAGAAAGCGAGCGCGCCAGUCCUUGA